AUGGUCGUCGCGGAACCUCUGUAUGGCUUCUACAACACCGAGAUAAACCUGCACUUCCUGCAUGCCUUGGUCGGGCGGAGCUACGGGCGCGUGAUCAUGUACUGCAGCAACUUCGAGCGGACGACCGCGGACGCGCUCUUCUUCGAGUCCCUGCUGUGCCUCGCAAGGCUGGUUGUGGCUGCCGCGGUGGCGGAGUCAACGCUGUCCCCGGAGGAUGCCUGUGGGUCGACGCCGCCGCCAUAA